AGAUAAUCAAACCAAACGGUCGUUCACUCCAAACAAAAAAGAAGAAAACGACUCCUUUUCUCCGUCUCUUUUUUGCUGCGUCUUCCGUCUUCGUCAACAUCACAAAUUAACGCAGUGCAAAAGGAUCUGCAAUGGAGUUGGUGCUUACUUGAAAAGCACGGGAUUUGCAGACAAAAGAAGGUGUAGCCAGGUUAAGAUCGAAGUUGCUAACAUCGGCUGCUACUACGUGUCUACGUACUGUUGGCCUCUGCCUCUCGACGCACCCAUCCAAGAAUUCGAUCCUCGAUCUCAUGAUCAUCUUAUCUUCAAUUCAGCCUUUGAUCGAGGUUCUCUGGCACUGAGUAUGUAUAUCUAGCAUAAGUGAAACGACUGCAGUAGUAGCUUUCUUUUUGGAUUUUGAUUGACCAUCAGAGGGGAAGUCCUUUUUCUUUGGAGUCUUUGCAGGUUCUAUCUCCGAUUCCGACCUAGGAAAAAGUUCCGGCCAUGCCGUUCUCCAGCUCCGGCGGUUCGUCAUCAUAUAAGAAUUUCAGACAAAUAACGCGCGACCGAUUAUUGCAUGAGAUGCUUGGGUCUUGCAAAAGGGGGGACUCAACGCAAUGGAAGGUACUUAUCAUGGAUGAACUUACUACUACGAUAAUGUCUUACACUUGCACAGUCAGUGAUACUACAGAAGAGGGUGUUUCAUUGCUUGAACGCAUAGAAAAGAAAAGGCAGCCAAUGCCCCACAUGGACGCAAUAUACUUUAUCCGGCCUUCCAAAAAGAAUGUUAACUUGUUCUUGUCAGACAUGUCUGAAAGAGCAUCAUUAUACAGGAAGGCAUUUAUUUUCUUCAGUUCACCUAUUUCGAAAGAUUUGGUUGGUCGCAUCAAGGAGGAUGGAAGUGUAUUAAGUCGCAUAUCUGCAUUGAGUGAGAUGAAUUUGGAGUAUUUUGCUAUAGACAGCCAGGUUUUUGUUACCAACAAUGAGAGGGCUUUAGAGCAGCUUUAUGGGGACAAGGAGGAUUCAUGCAAAGGUAUAGCGUGUUUGAAUGAGAUAGCUGCACGUAUUGCCACAGUCUUUGCUUCUUUAAAGGAAUUUCCUAUUGUGCGCUACCGAGCUGCUAAGUUGCUUGAUGCCACCACGAUUACCACUUUUCCUGAUUUAAUUCCUACAAAGCUUGCUGCUGGGAUCUGGGAUUGUCUCAUAAAAUAUAAAAAUACAAUUCCAAAUUUCCCUGUGACAGAAUCAUGCGAGUUGCUUAUCCUUGACAGAUCUGUGGAUCAGAUUGCACCGGUCAUACAUGAAUGGACAUAUGAUGCCAUGUGUCAUGACUUGUUAAAUAUGGAAGGAAAUAGAUAUCUGCUUGAGGUUCCAAGCAAAACUGGUGGUCUGGCUGACAAGAAAGGUGUUCUUCUAGAGGAGCAUGAUCCUGUCUGGCUUGAGUUUCGCCAUGAACACAUAGCAGAGGUUAGUGAACGGUUGAAUGAGAAACUGACCAAUUUUCUUUCAAAUAAUAAGGCAGCACAAUUGCAGAAUUCAAGUGAUUGGGGAUCUCAUGAACGAUCUACGAGGGAACUCAAGAAGAUAACUCAAGCAUUACCACAGUAUGGCAAACAAAAGGACAGGCUUUCCCUUCAUUCAGAGAUUGCAAAGAAAAUCCACUCAAUUAGCAGGGAGCUUGGGCUUCGAGAGCUUGCGCAGCUGGAGCAAGCUCUUGUUUUUGGAUAUGCGGGAAUGAAAGAUGUGAUCAAAUUUCUGAGGACAAAAGAUGAUACAACUGGCGAAAAUAAGUUACGUUUGUUGAUGAUUCUUGCUGCCAUUUAUCCUGAGAAAUUUGAGGGUGAGGAGGGUCAAGAGAAUUUGAUGAAGUUGGCAAAAUUAUCACCAUGUGAUAUGUCUGCUGUGAAUAAUAUCAAACUGAUUGGGGGAUCAUCAGAGAACAGAAACAGCUCAUCAGGAAUUUUUUUUCGGAACUUUAAUCUUACCAAGAAGAAUUGUGCGUCUAGGAAAGAACGUCCAAGUGAAGAAAAAUGGCAGUUUUCGAGCUUUUAUCCCAUUAUAGAGGAACUAAUAGAAAAGCUUAGCAAAGGUGAACUGUCCAAGGAAGACUAUCCAUGUCUAAAUGACCCAACCCCAACUUUACAUCAAUCCCCCCAGGCUCAUUCAAUAAGAUCAAGACGGACACCGACAUGGGCCCAGCGUGGGAUUUCUGGAGAUGGGAUUUCAAGGCAUGCAUCCAAUGAUUUCAAAAAGAUGGGCAAACGCAUAUUUGUAGUUAUAGUAGGCGGAGCUACUAGAUCAGAGCUUAGAGUUUGCCAUAAGCUAACAGCGAAGCUGAAAAGGGAAGUUGUUCUAGGCUCCACAUCUCUUGAUGAUCCUGCAACUUUUAUUACGAAAGUAAAGAUGAUCACAGCAGACGAUCAGCUCUAAUGGGAAGAUCUCCUAAUCUGACUAGGAAACGACUUCCUCCUGUAAAAUUUGUAUGUAUAGUACUUGUUUCCGGUGGCAAGAGCAUCCAUUUUUGCUCCUGUGACAGAAAACAUUGCCAAGAAAACAGGAAGAAGUUUCAAAUGUGACCAUCACAUUUCCUUUUAUCCAUUCCAUAAUUUUCCCUUGGCAUCAGUCAUCGACUUGA